AUGAAGAGCAAGCUCAACGCCUACCAGAUGGGUGCCUGGACCACGGCCACGCAGUACCAGCUUCUGCACAGCUUGGCGCUCCUCUACACUGUCGGCCUUCCUCAAACCGGUCCGGUGGUCGCAGCAGGCUACGCAUUUGCUACGGGCAUCACCUUCUUCAGCGGCUCGAUCUACGGACUUUGCCUCACCAAGCCCGACAACCCGAUCCGAAAGGUGCUCGGUCCCAUCACUCCCAUCGGUGGCCUGUCGAUGAUCGCCGGUUGGCUCUUCCUAGCCUAUGCCAAGCGACCACGCUCACUCCGCUGA